GUUUUGGGCUCCAUCAACCCAGCUUUGUACAAAUAUCCAGAUGAUAAUGAAGAAACGGACUUCCCAGAAGGAAAUAUUGGGCGCAUUUGGUUUGCUGUAGAGUAUGAACAUGAGACAGAAAGACUGGUGGUUUCUCUUAUUAAAGUAAGAAACCUUCACUUCAAUCCAGACUCCUGCAACCCUUUUGUGAAGAUGCAUCUCCUGCCUGAUGAAAGGCGCUCUCUUCAGUCAAAAACAAAACGUAAAACUUUGAAUCCCCAGUUUGAUGAAAACUUUGUCUUUCAGGUUUCCGGUAAAACAUUACAUCAGAGGAUACUAAGAUUUUCUGUCUACCAUGUGGAUAAAAUAAAGAAGCACCAUCUUUUAGGACAGGUUCUCUUCCCCCUGAAAAAUGAGAAUUUAACAGAUGAUGGCAAGCUGGUCAUUUGGCGGGAUCUCGAACAAGAGAGUUCAGAGCCACCAUCAGAAUAUGGAGACAUACAGUUCUCUCUAAGCUACAAUGACUACCUUGGACGUUUGACGGUAGUGGUACUUCGAGCAAAGGGAAUACAAUUCCAAGAAGAUCGUGGUGUUGUCAGCUCAGCAUUUGUUAAAGUGUCACUCAUGAAUCACAACAGGUUUAUUAAGAGUAAGAAGACAGCUGUUGUACUUGGGACUCCGAAUCCUGUGUAUAAUGAAACGUUCAGCUUUAAGCUGGAACAAAGUGAAUUGGACACAGCAAGCUUGAGUUUUUCCAUCUUGCAGAAUGCUGAAGGCAAUAAGACUGCGUUGCUUGGCCGUGUUGUCGUUGGACCAUACAUGUACACCAGAGGUCGAGAGCUGGAGCACUGGAAUGAAAUGCUUAAUAAACCCAAAGAACUUGUGAAAAGAUGGCAUGCUCUGAGCAUCAGUACCUGA